AGCCCGCGCGGGAUCCGGGUGGUUACGGGCUGCAGCGGCGGCGACUGCGGGGCCCGGGUGGCGGCCGAGGCCAGGCCGCAGCGAGUUCGGAGGCGGAACCCCGCGGGCAGCGCCCCUGGCGCGAGGUGAUCCCUUCCAAGGGAGCGCACCCCGCUCCUCCCCUGCGCGUCCGGCAGGACUCACCUUUCCCAGCUGAGGACUCCAGGCCUCUCCCCCAAGAGGCUCCUGCCAAGAUGGCAUCAGCUGGAGACCCCCCCACGGGCCCUCGGGACGCCGCAGACCAGAACUUCGACUACAUGUUCAAACUGCUGCUCAUCGGCAACAGCAGCGUGGGCAAGACGUCCUUCCUCUUCCGAUAUGCCGACGACUCCUUCACACCGGCCUUUGUCAGCACUGUGGGCAUUGACUUCAAGGUCAAGACUGUCUACCGCCAUGACAAGAGGAUCAAGCUGCAGAUUUGGGACACCGCGGGUCAGGAGCGCUACCGAACCAUUACCACCGCCUACUACCGUGGCGCCAUGGGCUUCCUGCUCACCUACGACAUCUCCAACCAGGAGUCCUUCGCCGCCGUGCAGGACUGGGCCACGCAGAUCAAGACCUACUCCUGGGACAAUGCCCAGGUCAUCCUGGUAGGGAACAAGUGUGACCUGGAAGACGAGCGUGUUGUGCCUACGGAGGAUGGCCAGCGACUCGCCGACGACCUUGGUUUUGAGUUCUUUGAGGCCAGCGCCAAGGAGAACAUCAAUGUGAAGCAGGUCUUCGAGCGCCUGGUGGAUGUCAUCUGUGAGAAGAUGAACGAGUCCCUGGAACCCAGCUCCAGCCCAGGCAGCAAUGGCAAAGGCCCGACCCUGGGGGACACCCCACCCCCCCAGCCCAGCAGCUGCAGCUGUUAGGGCUGGCCCUUGACUCCCACCUGCCCCCUCCUACCUCUGCAGGGACUGUGACUGAGGCAUGAGCCACAAGGGCAUCUCCAAGCUCAGGGCGCCCCCUUCCCUGCAUGGCUGUCUCCAAGCUCAGGCGUUCCCCUCUCCAUGUCACCAUGGUCAGGAAACCCCCAUCAGAGGCCGCACACCCCAGGGGCUCAGCUCCACAUUUCAGGCAGAGGCUUGGGGACAUUGCCAUGCACUAGCUUGCUGCUUCCCCAGACCUUUUAAAGGGAGCGGUGGGCGGCAUGUCCCACCGUGCCUGGAGGAGGGGCCUCCGCAGUGCCUUCGACUCCAGAUCCAUUCUGUGCUGAGCAUUGCCUGGUGUUUACAAGCUGGCAGAAGAUGUCCUCCGGUGUGGGUUCUCCAAGUUAAUCCUGGGAGGUGUGGGGGGAGGCCCUCUUUCUCAGGUCCCCCAGCUUGACUUCAAGCCUAUCCCACGAAUCUUCGAGACUCCAAGGUUCCAAGAUGGGAAAGUGAUUUUGGCCCCUGUAGACUUCUCACUCUGGCUUGCAGACUGUCUCCUUGUAAAAACAGUAUCAAAGCUUAUGGGACAGAGUGGGUCAGACCCCCACCCCCAUCAGGGACUCUAAAAGUGCUUUCUGAGCUUCCCUGGGAUUAAUGUCACUCUUGACCAGGUCACUGUCUUGGUUGAUCCGCUGCAUCUCUGAUCCUGAAUUGAAUUCUAGAACAUUCUAGCCAUAUCAGGUAGGGCCAAGAAUUGCCCAACCCUUAGCAUUCCUGCUUGGGGCUUUCUGCCAGGAGUUAACCUCAGAGCCAGGAGACUGGGCCCUCCCUCCCAGGCCCUGUUGGUCUGGUUGUCUUUUCAGCAAGAUCUUUCCAAAUCUUACAUCCUGCUAGAAAGGAAAUUGAGCAAUGCUGCCACAGCCUGUGCUUGCCAGUGACUUCCUGAUGUCAAGUUUGGACUUCUCCAACUUUUGAAGACCCGGUGACUAGUUCCUGAGCCAUGUCGUCCCAUGGGUCCCAGGGCUGUAACGUUUGUGCCAGUGGAGGGUUCCCUUCUAAAGGAUGCUCUGGGGUCAGGAAGGAGAGGUGGGAAGGUGGGUUGCACCAGCUGUUGUCAUUGCCUGCACUUGUGGACACAGCUAGGGACCGGCACGUCCUCCUUCUGAGGGGCAGAUGUGCUGUGGUCAGUGUCAGGGAGCCCACAAAGCUAGGACCCCAACUUGGAGGAUGGAUGCCGAUCAAGGAUCUACAUCUUGACCCUGGAGCUCAGAGGUCCUUCCUGCCCACUGGGGUCCAAGCUCACAUGGCAUGGCACCUGUCACUGCUUUGAACCCCCACUGACCCCAUCCCAGGACCAACACUGUGAGGAUGCCUAAACGGAUGGUUUGGGUCCCCACCACCCUAAUGCCACGUCCAGGCUGUAUGGCCAGCCUGGCCCCAGCUCAUGCAGCAAGAAUGAUUUCCUGCAGUUUUAAUAAGCUCUACCUCCUCCCUGGGUAUAUGUGUGGGAAAACCUGGUUCAAGUUCAACUUAAAUGACCAGACUGAAAUGGACAAAUCCUACGAAAACACACAGGAGGGUAUCUGAAUAUUUGAGGUGGGAGUCAAAUUUUUCUCCUUGCUUUAAUACCAAAGUCAAAGCAUCUUAGAAAGGUUUCUUAAGAUGUGUCAGGAUUUUGUUGGCCAGUCCAUUGUUCCUAAGCUGCAGCCCUGAAAUGAGGAAUCAGUGCGCCAUUAGUUGAGGGCCAAGUUUCUCAUCGCCCAUGUGAUAAAAAACGGCUUAGGCCACAUCUUGAACCUGAACUGAUCUAAGUUUUCUGUUUACAUUUGAUUUUUCAAUGGUUCAGCUUCAAGUAGCAACAGAGAGGGCUGCCUUGGGGUUCUCUCAAGACAAAGAAUAAUGUGGGAAAUGUUUUUUUGUAUCUUCCGAAAAUAGGACAGGUUUUAAAUUUUAUUAUAGUGGGGAGAUUUAGCUCAAAAUGAUCACAAGGGAACUGAAACCAAUGUCCUCCUGGUCAGAGUGGGGAGGAUGUUUGUUGAGUUUAUAAACAGAAAUUAAAUCAAAGGCCGUGGGAAAACCACUUCUCAGCUCCCGAGGUAUGAGGUCAGGAACAGCUACCCACCAGUGCCUUAUUAUUUCCUCUUAAUAGUCUGCCUUUCCAUGGGCAGCUUCAGUUUGAGUUUCUAUUUUUCUUUUCUUUUUGCUUCUCCGGGGAUCACAUUCUUGCAUAUUUCUUAACUCCUCCACUUAGACUCAUACAGGGUGAAAUUUGGUCUCAGUAUUAAGGCGAUAAUUCUGCUACUGGCUCCUCCCUGACAGUUCUGAAACACACUACUGAACCGACUCUUGGCAGGUCAUUUAUAUCCUGAAUGUGGUUCUGUGUAAGUGAUUCCUUGUUGUCCAACUUGGAAAGAUGUGCACUUUUCUCCACAUGAAAAAAUAAAUCAGUUAUGCCUGAA